AUGUCCGAUGUGCACUGGAUUGCCCCCACGAUUGGUAUCACAGCCGCCAGCAUCGGAAUCUACUCCAUUUAUAUGGCCGUUAUCAAUUAUCCCACCGAUGCUUACGAGCGCAAUCUGGGAUUUGGCUGGGCAGGUACUCUUCUUGGAUUUAUUGGGAUCGCAUUGUCUGUUGUUCCUGUUGUCCUAGUGCUUAAGGGUCCGCAAACCCGAGCGCGCAGUACUUUCAUGCGCGAGGCGAUGUGGGAGCCGGAGGAGAAAGGUUGA